AUGGGCAUCCAUAACAGCAGUUGCUAUUUUGGACGGAUCUUGCCCUCUGUUGUUUUCCAGUGCAGAAAAGCCAAAUAUCGCCUCAUUAGGCCCUAUAGUUUAUUCCCGGUAAGUGAUCUGCAGCAUUCGUCCCAUCAAAAGUUCUCCGGAGCAGGGCAACCAUUUCUACAUAUGAAUGCCCAGCCGACAAUACCACAGCAUGUCAACUCUUCCUGGGGUGUUCCUCAUCCGCAAGAUUCGCGACUGACCACUCAAAUGCAAACUCCAGAUUUAAUUGACUUGGUAGCUGAAAGGAAUGUUCUCCAAUUGGGAUUCGACGAUAACGAAUACGUUCUUCCUCACAAUAUGGCCAACAAUGCCGCGAGAGUGGAUCCAUGCGUAUUUCGCUGUACAUUGACAAUGGUGCCUCAAACUGAGGAGCUGUUGAAGAAAAGUCGUUUGCCCUUUGGUCUCACUCUUCAUCCUUUUCGAGAUAUGAAGAACUUGAACAUAAUCCAAACUUCUACAAUCGUCCGUUGUCGUUAUUGUCGAACAUAUAUCAAUCCAUACGUUUACUUACCAGACUCACGGCACUGGAAAUGCAAUUUGUGCAAUAGAAACAAUGACCUACCGGAUGAUUUUUGCUGGGAUCCGAACACAAAGUCAUUUGGAGAUCCAGUCAAUCGACCUGAGAUCAAACACCCGACGGUGGAAUUCAUUGCACCCAAUGAAUACAUGCUGCGCCCACCGCAGCCUGCUGUCUACGUGUUUGUUUUGGACGUGAGUGCGGCAGCUGUUGAAGCAGGAUAUAUCUACACAUUUUCUGAGCAGCUGCUUAUCAAUCUCGAUCAGCUACCUGGAGAUGAAAGAACGCAGUUUUACCAUUUGUAUUUAUCUCCACAUUAUUGCUUGCAAGUCGCUUUUGUGUGCGUUGAUUCCAUGGUGCAUUUUUACCAGUUUUCGUCGGGCUCACGACGUCUUCCUAGAGAACUGAUCGUUGAUGAAGUGGACGGUAGGCUCCUGUUUGAAGCGCUCAAUACGAAAUCAACUUCAGUUUUUAAGAGAUGUUCCUGCCAGCCAACUUUAUGGCUUUUUUUCCAGGCAGAGAUUGGUGGACGUGUAACGGUGUUCCAAGCAUCGAUUCCUAACAUUGGACCCGCUAGCUUGAAGCCUCGUGAGGAUCCAAAUCAGAGAGUCCAAAAUCUCGGACCGGUGACAGAUUUCUACAAAUGUCUCGCCUUGGAGUGUACCGGACACCAAGUAGCUUUAGAUCUCUUCAUGCUCAAUUCCCAGUACGCUGAUCUUGCCACUCUUUCUGAGAUGGCCAAGUUCUCUACUGGUUGUGUAUAUCAUUUUCCAAACUACCAUUGUCUCAAUGACACUGUGCAGGUGAAGCGAUUUGAGAAAAUUCUCACAAGAUAUCUUACACGAAAAAUUGGAUUCGAGGCCGUCUUACGAAUCCGGUGUUCAAGAGGUUACUCUGCUUUAAGGACUCAGUUUGUCGGCCUUCUACGGAAAUUUCUUCGUAACGCUUCCGUUAGAUUGGUGAGCAUGGACGAGAAAUUGUCGACAACUGCCUGUUUCCAAGCAGCUCUUCUUUAUACAUCCAGCAAAGGAGAUCGACGUAUCAGAGUUCAUACUAUGUGUUUACCUACGACUGCAGACUUGGCCCAGGUCUACAGUAAUUUUGAUUUAAAAGCAACGAUUUCUCUGAUAGCGAAAAUAGGAGUUGAUAGAUCCAUGUCGGGCUCUUCGCUGGCGGAUUGCAGGGAAGCGAUAGUGAAUGCCGUGAUUGAUUCGCUCGGUGCUUACCAUAAGACCAUGCGGCAAGGCCGCCCUGGUGGACUGUUGGUGCCACGGAGGGGUCAUUUGCGGCUGUUUCCUCUCUACGCUCUGGCCAUGCUGAAGCAUACGGCUUUUUGUGCUGGUCGCUCUGUGAAGCUAGACGACAGGGUCGCUGCUAUGCUAAUGCUGCGGUUUUGCCCUUUGGAACAGAUUCUUUCCGAAUUUUAUCCUCAGCUUUAUCGACUUAACGAAAUUCUGCAGUUCGAGGACGGAAAGUGGCCGUCGGCACUACCUUUGUCUUUUGAAUACGUAAAUAGAGAGGGCAUCUAUUUGAUAGAGGCGGGAUCGGCUAUCUAUGUCUAUUUAUCUUCGCAUUCCGAUGCUCAGCUUGUGCAGGAUCUCUUUGGAUGCUCUUACUAUCAAGUCGAUGAGACGUCGUUCCGGAUAUAUGAUAACCCAUUUUCCGAAAAAGUUCAUGCUUUUGUACGUCAUGUAACAGCACUCAAAUUCUAUUUGGGUCCCGUAAUUAUUGUGAAAGAGGAUUCUGCCGUACGUGAAGCUAUAUUGAGACGGUUUAUUGACGAUCGUACCGAGUCCAACCACUCCUAUGUCGAAUUCUUGCAUCACAUAAAACGCGAAAUUAAUAACUAA